UUAUUUAAAAACGCCCCUUUAUUUCAUUUUAAAAAAAAAAAAAAAAAACGCCCCUUUAUUUGGUGGUGUAGGUAUUCAAUUUUCGUGUCGAUCUUGAAUUUCACAACUGCCUCUCUCUCUAGCCAUUCAAUUCAAAAACUUCCAAAGCUCUGCACUUCCUUCUUCUUGGUUUCAUCUGAGUCCCCAUCAAUUUUAGUUGCAGAACAACAAUGGCCUCUGUGAUCAUUCCACCAGUGCUUUCUUCUCCCAGGGACGAUGCAAUCCAACUCCACCGCGCCUUCAAAGGGUUUGGCUGCGACACGACCACCGUCAUCAACAUCCUCGCCCACAGAGACGCAACGCAGCGAGCCUACCUCAAGCAAGAGUACAAAACCAUGUACCAUGAGGAGCUCAGCAAGCGCCUCUCCUCAGAGCUCAGCGGAAACACCAAGAAAUCGGUCUUGCUCUGGAUGCACGACCCAGCAACGAGAGACGCCACCAUAAUCAGGCAGGCUCUGGGCGGAGAAGCUGUUGUUGAUCUCAAAGCAGCCACCGAAGUCAUCUGCUCAAGAACCCCAUCUCAGAUCCUGCAAUUCAAGAACAUCUACUUUGCAACUUUUGGGGUUUAUCUGGAGCACGAUAUCGAGUUUCAGGCUUCUGGGGAUCACAAAAAUUUGCUGCUUGCUUAUGUUGGGACGCCGAGGUAUGAGGGUCUAGAAGUUGACAGAGCGACGGUGGAGUACGACGCCAAGGCUCUGUUCAAGGCAGGGGAGAAGAGGUUGGGGACGGAUGAGAAGACCUUCGUACAGAUUUUCAGUGGGAGGAGCAGCGCCCAUUUGGCUGCUGUGAGUGCUGCUUACCAUAGCAUGUAUGGGAGUUCACUGGAGAAGGCUGUGAAGAAGGAGACUUCUGGGUAUUUUGAGCAUGCUCUUUUGACCAUUUUGCGCUGCGCUGAGCAUCCUGGGAUGUAUUUUGCCAAGGUUCUGCACAAGGCUAUGAAGGGUUUGGGCACAGAUGACAGUACUCUUUUGAGGGUGAUUGUUUCAAGGGCUGAGAUUGAUUUGCAGUUCAUAAAGGCAGAGUACAGGAAGAAGUAUGGCAAGACUUUGAAUGAUGCUGUUCAUUCAGAGACAUCUGGAAAUUACAGGGCCUUUCUUCUGGCUCUUUUAGGCCCCAAUCAUUAGGCCGAAUAUGAAUAGUUGCUGGGCAUGUAAGGGGCUUUUCUGGGUAAGAUUGUAGGUUUUAAAUUCUGUGUUUUUUUAGCUAUGACUCUUUUUUAGUCAUUUUCAGAACCUUGAAAUUGGGGAAGGUAGAUGUGUGGAGCAUGAUCAGAAACUUUGGCAUGAGCAGCAAGUUGUUGUUCCUUUGUUUGAAAUGCUUACUGUUUCAUGCCUGAAAGAUUGUGUAGAGAGCUCCAUAAAUUUCCCAACGUUGCUUUGCAUUUGUAGGUUUGAAGUUGUGCAAUGAUAUGUACAAAAAGAUUGUGAACCAAAAUUGACACCGACCACCCAUGGUAGUGGGGGUCAAUUUUAUUUCUUA